AUACAAGAGUUGAGCCCUGGGGCUGCCUGACUGUGAGGGUUUUUUGCAAGCGACAUUUGUAUUUGACAAAGCAGAACAAGCUCUUGCUUUCUCUUUCUGAACUCUAAAGUCUUGAACUUUCGUCCCCUUACAAACCUCUUCCGACUUGGGUUGGGUGGUUUUACUUCUCUAUCACCUGGUCAGACUUUCAUUGCUUCGCGACGCAACAAAUACACACACCACCUACUAUGCACAUGCGUCUGAUCAUUCAAUUUGAUUGUUGACCAAUUCUUUGCACAACGGAUAUAGUGUUUUGAGCAUUUGGUCAACUUGGCAAUGGAUCAAAUAAUGUAAUUUCCUCUUUUAGGAUAAAAUAAGAGAAAAGAAAAAGCUUCUGCAUCGUCCUAAUCAGGAUGGCAACUGAGAGUCCUAUGAGAAUGGUGGAGAGUGGUAGAGCUGGGAAGUGGCCAUCUUCUAAGGAUGCAGCUAUAUUUGGUUCACCCUUAAAUGUUGUGGCUGCAGAGAACCCGGGAUUGCUUGUGGAGGGGCAUAGACUCCAAGGGGACCAAACAGAUAUGGUUCCCAGUCGAAGUGGCAGUGCACCCCCAAGUAUGGAGGGAUCGUUUGCUGCUAUUGGGAACCUUAUAGCUCAACAAAACUUUAGCAUGAGUUCUAGCUUUGAAAGUAUAAGCAGUGCUAUUGAGAAUUGUGAGUCAGAGGAACAAUUGCGCUCUGAUCCAGCCUAUUUUGCAUACUACUGUUCUAACAUCAACAUGAAUCCACGGCUUCCCCCACCUCUCAUGUCACGAGAGAAUCGUCGACUUGUACGUCAUAUUGGUGGUUUUGGUAAUAAUUGGAGAUCUGCUUCUACAGAUGACAGUGGCAAUAAAUCCUUGCAACUGUAUAUGCUUUCAACUCAUAAGGAAGAGCCAGAGGAUGAUAAGUCACCCAGAGCAGCAUCAGAAAAUAUUAAUGCAACUACAUCUGGACAGAAUUCAACUUCUUUGGCAGGUCGUCAUAAAAGUUUGGUCGACCUAAUACAGGCGGACUUCCCUCGCACCCCUUCUCCUGUUUAUAGUCAGUCUCGUUCCUCAAGCCAUGCAGCAGAGGAAGCCACUGAUUUGGAUGUCCAUGUAAUUGCUUCAAAUGUUUCCUCUAUCAACGUUUCAAAACCAUCAGAAUCAAAUUCAGGCUCUGAUGAUGUUUGCGUUGAUCCACAUGUGCUGGAGGUAGAUGCUAUUAGGCUAAUCUCUGAUAAUGAUCCUACAAUUGCCUCUUUUCCUAGCUCAUCACGUCUUGAUGAGAAACCAAUAAGGCAAAAAGAUAAAUUGAGCACUAAAGAUAGUGGUUCUGAGGGUCAUACCUCUGGUCGAGGUGUCCUUCAGUCUGGUAUUGCUAGAGAGCCUAGAAUGAGAAAUAACAAAGAAGAACAACAAGCUUACGGGAGGAAUAUGCCUCAAAAUCAUCCAUAUAUGCAACAAGUCAUUCCAGCGCAAAUGAUUUCUCAAGGAAUGAGCCAAAUUCACAGUAGCAUGGAAAAAUUUUCCCAUGACCAUCCUAGGCUCUCCUCUGUUGAGGCACAGCCAUCAUUGCAUUCUCCUGCACUCAACACAUCUUCGUACACAUCAGCAGCUGCCUAUAUGACUGGGGGAACUCCAUUUUACCCUAACUUUCAGCCAUCUGGUUUAUAUUCUCCACAAUACAGUAUGGGAGGAUAUGCUUUAGGUUCUGCAUUUCUUCCCCCUUUUAUGACUGGCUAUCCUUCUCAUAGUGCAAUUCCAGUGCCAUUUGGUGCUUCUGGCCCAGGCUUUGAUGGUCGAGCUACUGGUGUUUUGACUGGAGAAAACAUUUCACAUGUAGGUGGUCUACAACAUCCAGGCAAGUUUUAUGGUCAACAUGGAUUGAUGCUUCAACCUUCAUAUUUGGAUCCAUUUUACAUGCAAUACUUUCAGCAUCCUUUUGGUGAUGCAUAUAGUGCUACAUUUCAGCAGAAUCAUUCAGCACUAAGUGGUGCCACAGGGGGUCAGUCUGAUUCUUUUCUUCCUCAGGAGUCAUCAGUUGUCACUUAUAGGGCUGAUCACAAACUUCAGCCUCAAACUAAUGGAAGUUUACGCAUGCCAAGUCCAGGAAAAGUGGGAAUUACUGGUAGUAGUUAUUAUGGAGGACCUCCAAGUAUGGGUGUCAUGACCCAAUUCCCAGCUGCACCACUUGCCAGUCCAGUAAUGCCAUCAUCUCCUGUUGGUGGAAUCAAUAUUAUCGGUCAGCGAAAUGACACAAGGUUCCCCCAAGUUUCAAAUAGAAAUGUAGGACUAUAUUCUGGAGGUCAACUACAGAGAGUUAACAGCUUUGAUGAGCCCAAAAGGCAUUAUUUUCUUGAAGAAUUAAAAUCAAGUAGUGGCCAGAAAUUCAAACUUUCUGAUAUAGCGGGACAUAUAGCUGAAUUCAGUGUUGAUCAACAUGGGAGUCGGUUUAUUCAGCAAAAGCUGGAACAUUGCAAUGUUGAGGAAAAGGUGUCCGUAUUUAAAGAAGUACUUCCUCAUGCUUCCAAAUUAAUGACGGAUGUUUUUGGAAAUUAUGUUAUUCAAAAGUUUUUUGAGCAUGGAAGUCCUGAACAGCGAAAGGAGCUUGCAGAUAAACUUGCUGGACAGAUGUUGCAGUUAAGUCUGCAGAUGUAUGGUUGUCGUGUGAUACAGAAGGCUCUUGAAGUGAUUGAGCCUGAUCAGAAAACACGGCUUGUUCAAGAGCUUGAUGGGCAUGUCAUGAGAUGUGUACAUGACCAGAAUGGAAAUCAUGUAAUACAGAAAUGUAUAGAAUGUCUGCCUACAAAGAACAUUGAAUUUAUUAUUUCUGCUUUUCAAGGCCAAGUUGCUGCACUUGCCACUCAUCCCUAUGGUUGUCGUGUCAUUCAGAGAGUGUUGGAGCAUUGCUCAGAUGAACUGCAAAGUCAAUGUAUAGUAGAUGAAAUCUUGGAAUCUGCUUACCUUCUUGCUCAAGACCAGUAUGGAAAUUACGUCACGCAGCAUGUUUUAGAAAGAGGAAAACCUUGCGAGAGGAGCCAGAUUAUUAACAAGCUGAGUGGGAAAAUUGUAAAAAUGAGUCAGCAUAAGUAUGCAUCAAAUGUUAUUGAAAAAUGUUUAGAGCAUGGCAAUCCUGCAGAACAGGAGCUCUUGAUUGAGGAGAUAAUUGGGCAACCUGAGGAAAAUGACCACUUAUUGACAAUGAUGAAGGACCAAUUUGCAAAUUAUGUGGUCCAAAAGAUUCUUGAAAUAAGCAAUGAUAGACAGCGGGGACUGUUGCUCAAUUGUAUAAGAAUUCAUCUACAUGCUUUGAAGAAAUACACGUAUGGGAAGCACAUAGUCGCGCGGUUUGAGCAACUUUGUGGUGAAGAAAGCGAAGCCUCAGAAACCUAAAAUUACUGAGAAGCAGCAUGAAAUUGCCUGAGAAUGAGAAUUCAUACCUCGGGCAGGUGUAGGAGCAUAACGGGAAGAAAACGCGCUGGCCAAAAGAAUGUUGGGAAACUAUUCUUUGCAAAAAAAUGCAGCAAGGAGCUCCUCUUUUGACGUUUUAGUGUAUACAUAUUGUAUUAUAUGUGUGUUCAACUGUAUGUCUGUAUCUAUGUAUAGAAGUAACUAAUAGUGAUUGGUAAAUCUUGAUCUUAUUGCUUGGGAAAUUUGAUUACAGUUAUAGAUAGAUUCAUGUUUUCGUUCUCUUCUCUUCUUCUUAUUCUGUUUUUGGAGGGGUAGAUGUAUAGAUGUUUGUUGUUGAUUCAUUAAUAUAUUAAAAAUGAAGUUGAGCUA